AUGAUUAGUGAUGUGUCGAAUAUAAAAGAAGAGGAAUCAUAUUCUUCGAAAAAAGAUGAAUGUAGUUCAGAAGAAAAAAAAAAUAUAUCAUUAACAGCUAGCCAUAAAAAUGAAGAAUCGGAAGAAAAUGUAGAAGAUAAAGAAGUAAAAGAAGUAGACAAAAAACAUCUGGAACUUAAAGAGAAAUUAAAAAUGUGGAAAACUAGUGUUUCUAAACAAAAUGACUGUAUGAAUAAAAAUGAAAUUGUCCAACUAGCUAAAAUGAAUGAUAAAGAAAAAACUAGAGAAGAAAUUAAAAGAAGAUUAGAAAAAUAUAAAAGAGAACAUAAAAUAUAUGAUGAAGAUGAGGAGGAAAAUGAUGAAGGGCAUGAUAAUAAAUAUUUUAAAAAUAAAAAUAAUUCGAUAUAUACAUCAAAAAAUGAGGAUAUUAAUAAAUAUUAUUCAAAAAAGAAUAAUAAUAAAAAAAAAAAAAAAAAAAGUACAAGUCAUAGUUCUUCAGAAAAUCAUAGUAUAAAAUAUAAUGAUAAAAAAUAUUAUCGAAGUAAAAGUAUUGAUAGUAAUAAUAGUAGUUUUUCUAAAAAAAGAGAAGAUAGUCAUUACAACAAAAAAAAAAGAAAGCAUUCAUCUAAUAAUAAUUAUAUGGAUUACCAUAAAGAUAAAAAAAGAGAUAAUCAUAACAAAAGAAGAAGAUCAUAUAGUUAUUCAUCUAUUUCUGAUAUUGUUGAAACAAAAAAAAAUAAAAUAAAAAAAAAAACAAAUAAUGUUAUAAAUAGUGAUAAUAAUAGUAAUAGUAAUAGUAGUAGUAUUCGUAUUAGUAAUAGUAAUAGUUAUAGUAGUAAUUAUAAAAAUCAUAGGAAGAGUCACUCGAAUGAUUCCUAUAAUGAUAAUUCAUCGUAUAAAAAAAGUAAAUCGAAAAAAUCAUAUAAAUAUGAUAAUAAACAUAGACAAUCUAAAUAUAAUAAUAACAAUAAUAAGAAUGAUCAUCAUAUGUUAAAAUAUUCUCAUGAUGACGAUUUAAAUAAUAAACAUAUAAAAAAACAUAAAGAUCAUGUACAUCAUUAUAAUCAUAAAGACACAGAUAAAAAUUCAAAAUAUUUAUAUAACAAUAUAACAAAAGAAAGAAUCGAAAAAAAAUAUCAUAGAAUACCAUUAGGAUAUCAUACUACAAAAGAAUCUUGGAAUAAUUACACACAAUGGUUACAAAAAAAAAAUGAUUAUAGGUUUAGUUUACCUUUUGAUGAACAUAAAAUAUUUAGAAAGUCUAGUUCUCUCUCUCCAACUACGUGGGAAAAUUUUGUUAAUCCUUCAGAAGAGGAUGAAAAAGAAGAAAAAAAAGAAAAAGAAAAAAAAAAAGAAAAAGAAAAAAAAAAAGAAAAAGAAAAAAAAAGAGAAAAAGAAAAAAAAAAAGAGAAAAGAAAAAAUAGUCGAUCAUCAUCACACGAUUUAGCAUCCAUUUUUAUGUCGUGUACAACUGAUGAAAAAAAUUCUAAUAAAAGUUCAAGUCGCAGUGUUGAAAAGGUAGAAAAAGAUAUAGAUAAAAAAAAAAAGCAUAAACAUAAACAUGACCAUAAACAUAAACAUAGACAUAAACACAAACAUAAAUCCAAACAUAAAUCCAAAGAUAAAUCCAAAGAUAAAUCAAAAGAUAAAUCAAAAGAUAGAAGAAAGCAUAAAAAAAAGAAAAAGAAAAAUAAAGAAAAAGACAAAAAAAAUAAACAUCAUUCUGAAGAAUCAUCGUCAGAUACUUACAAUAGAGAUAAAAAAAAAAAAGAAUCUGAUGAAUCCUCAAAUGAGGAAGGAUCCUCUACUUCAGCAACAUCCUUAUCCUUCCUUUGUGAAGGAUAUGAUUCAUUAGAUGAUAAUAAAUAUUUAAUAAGUAAUCAUAAAUUAAAAGAACAACAAGAAGAUGAUGUUAAUAAAAAGUUAUUAAAAGGAAAUGAUAACCAUUUAAGUGACUCAAGUCAAAAUAGUAAAGAAAAUUCAAAUAAAAAUAAAGAGAAGAAGAAAAAAAAGGAAAAGGAAAAAAUAAAAAAAAAAGAUAACAUCGAUGAAGAAGAAGAUACAGAAAAUAAUAUUGAUGAUAAAAAUUAUACAUAUAAACAAAAUGAAGAAAUGAAUAACAAUGAGUCAGAUAAUUCAUCAGACAAUGAAAGUAUAGGUCCUAAACCUUUAGAUGUUAAUGUAAAGCUAGCUACAAAACAAAUAGAUUAUGGUGUUGCUAUGAUGCCAGGAGAAGGACAAGCAAUAGCUCAAUUUGUUCAGAAAGGUAAGAGGAUACCAAGAAGAGGAGAAGUUGGUUUAUCAGCUGAAGCUAUUGAAAAUUUUGAAAGCCUUGGUUAUGUUAUGAGUGGAUCAAGACAUAAAAGAAUGAAUGCUAUUCGUAUGAGAAAAGAAAAUCAAGUUUAUAGUGCAGAAGAACAAAGAGCAUUAGCUAUGUAUAAUUAUGAAGAGAGAGCUAAUAGAGAAAAUGCUUUAAUUAAUGACUUAAAAGAAAUAUUAAGAAAACAAAAUGAAAGUAUAUUAUCAGAAGAGAAAAAUGAAUAA